AUGAAGUACGGGAAAAGGCUUCGAAAAGAGGUUGAGAAAAGCUUCCCUGAAUGGAGAGGCAAGUUUAUUUGUUAUAAGCAGUUGAAGAAACAAUUGAAUCUGAUUGAUCCCAUGUCAAGGCCAAGGAAGAGGACAAGGGUUUCCGUUGGAGAUGUUUUUGAUACCCGCAAUGGAAGAAAUGAUGCGAAUUUGAUGAGGGUCAACAUCGGUUUCACAAGAUUGUUAGAUCAAGAACUUCAGAAGGUUAAUGCAUUUUACAUUGACAAGGAGGAAGAUUACAUUAUCAGAUUAAAGGAGCUGCAGAACAGGGAAGCUAACUUGAAUUGCAGUGAUGAGUUGCUAAAUUUGCAGAAGGAUAUUCUGGAUUUUCAUAAUGAGAUGGUUCUGCUUUUGCAUUACAGUGUCCUUAACUCCACAGGAUUUGUGAAGAUAGUGAAGAAGCAUACGAAGCGAGCAGGUGGUUGGAUUCAUGUUUCCUUCAUGCCAAGAGUGCUAGACCAGCCUAUCUUCUCCACUGGGUUGCUCUACAAACUUAUAAGGGAGUGUGAAGCAAUGCUGUAUCGCCUUUUUCUGGAUGACGAACCAUAA